AGAGCUCUGCGGGUCUCUUUUUAGUUUUGGUAAUAUGCUUGACCCAAGUGAUCCUCCUAUCCUACUAGCCACCUGCUGGUGCUGCUCGGCGCGCACUUCUAGUGUACGGUAAACCUUGGUUAACUGUGUUUCGCUCCCCGCUUCCUCGGUGUUUGAUCCACUUUGAACUGAUUGCAUACGAUGCUUUGAAUUGUUAUGUUUUUUCUUCGAAACCGAACUCAGGUGAUCAGGCGGGUUCAAAAGUGGGUCCAUCGCCCUACGCCGACGACCCCUAUCGCCGCCCUGCGCCGUACUGAAAGAGGAGUGCAACAGCCGGAUUUGACGUGUGCACCGAAGCGUUUGAUACUCGUACUAUCCAUAGGACUAAUGGGUGGGAUGUGUUUGUGCUUCUGGUUUUGCUCUCAUCUACAGUACACCGAAGGGGUUUGCCCUUCCAACGAAACGAAUCAAUCGAUCUCGGGUAAACUGGAUUUGAUGCAAAUUGACACGUAUUUUCGUAUUGGUGGAACAGUGGAGCCGGAGGUUAGGCAGGGUUCCAGAGACGGCAUUCGUCCGUCGGCUCCCUUUUUCUAUUAGAUACUUCUACUUUAUGCGCGUUCUAAAAUGGAUUCGAGAUAGAGAGAUAGAGAGAGAGAGAGAGGCAACAGUAGGUGGAACAAGAAAGAGAGAGAGAGAGAGAGUCGAUUCCAAACACGGAAAAUCUGUAAUCACUAUGUUGAGCAAAACGGGUAAGGUCAAACGGUUCAGUGGUGGUCACAGAAAACACUCUGUUUCCGGUUUCGUGGGGAGCCUUGAAUAGUGGCUUCAACGUUUCUUUUCUUCAAUUGUUGCUUCAAUGUGUGCCACGGAUGGCAACAGACUCGACAUCGUCAUCAAUGAACACCACCAAAAUUUGAUAAGGAGUCUCUUUUGGUCUGGACCACUACUGUGAUUCGGGUAAGAUCGCCCGCUCGCCCUCACUCGCUACCGCUAUUCUGUUCUACUAAAAACUCGUAGUGUGGGUUUGCGAGUAGGUAUAUCGAGAUUGAGUUAGAGAGUGUUCUAUACUUGGAAGAGAUGGAGUUGAGGAAUGAUUGGAGUUUUUAAAAGAGAGUUUCUCGUAGUAAAAGGUGUAGUAGUAAUAGUGGUGGUAGUAGUAAUAGUUGUGGUAGGAUUAUAAUAGUGCCUUGAUUUUGUAAUCUAACGCUACGGUUUUCCAAACAUGGUUCUAUAAAAGAGGCUUUGGACCAAAAAUAUGCCGAGUCCCAGUAAUAGUAGUGUUUCUGAUAAAUGUGGUGCCUUGUUUCCGCGUCUCCCGCGCGCGCGCUCACGCAACCGUUUCUUGGGGUUUUUUUUUUAGUUCAAAAGUUGAUGGGGAUACGGUUCCUGUUACCUCGUACCACGUGGCUGCUGUGCGUUCGAAACAGUGAGAGUUAAUCGACCAUAACGAGUACAGUUAGUUAGGAGGGCUCCCAGCUACCCAGAUUGCCACCAUGCUACGAGCUCUAUGUUCGGCUACACUUGUGCUGCUUCUGUUUCCUCUUCCUCGUUUCAUGUCGCGCGCUUUGGAUGUAUAAAUUCCAUGUUUUUGUUUUCUUUGUUAGAUUUGGGAUUUUUUUCUUCUCUAAAUACUCCAUCUUCUCAGCGCUGAGUACUGAGAACACUUUGGAACGAUAUUUUGCUACACCUCCAACGCUUUGCCCUCUUUCUCUCUCUCUCAAUAGUGUGUUAACGGGCUUUCGAAAUCUCACUUUCUGUGGCCAGCAAGCAUGGUGCUGUCUUGUGCAGGAAUUAUACAUAAUUACCUUAUCCGUUUAGCCUUUUUCGGGUACCACCGUCAGUUGUUGCUCCGAGCGGAGUGCCAUGCCAUGCCAAGCAAAACGCCAUUACGCCAUUCGCUUCCCUUUUUCCACUCUCGAUCGUAGCAGUGUUUGUGGCAUGUGUUCAUAAAAAGGCGUUUAGUGGCAUUACAAUCACCCUUACUGCUGUGGCCAGUGAUGGUAGGUGCACGAAACAAAUCGAGAAUCCAGUGCACAAUCGCCGUGACAAUAGCCGUCAUGCAGCGUAAGCGUAGCGUGGCAGGCUCAAGCAUCUCAUGCACCGA